AUGGGAAAUAGAGACGAAGAGUUGUUGUCAUGCCUCGCCUUCAAAUCUAGACUUGAACAACGUAACAAAGAGCUCCUCGAGCAGAUUGAACACACAGAAAAGCAGUGCACAGAGUUAUUGGCAGACUAUAAUGAAGCCAGAUUACAAAUUGAAAAGAAAAAUGAGGAAAUAAUGCGAAUAAAAUCCGAAGCUUCACUUCAAGCCUCCUAUAUCACGCAGAUGGAAGACGCCCAUAGCCAAAAUGAGAUCGAACUUAAGCAGUGUAAGACUAAUUCAAUAAUUCUGAGUAGACAAUUGUCUAGAAAUCAUGAUGAAAGGGAAUUCCAAGUCCACAGUCUCAAUCUACAGUUGGCAGAUAACGAAACUCUCCUCCGAGAAAUUGGUGACCACAAUAAGAUACUGCAAGAUGAAGUUGAUCUUCUCACCGCCGAAAAGACAAAAUUACAGACUGAGGCGAUGAAAUUGAGAGAGCAGACUACGAGCCUUGAAAUACAAGUCGUAAAUCUUAAAAUGACGAUUCAGGAUUUAAAUAAAAGUCAGGCAGUCAGAAAGAGAAAUAGAGAAACGCAAGGAACAAGCAUGUCCUUUGUGAAAGAGAAAGAAGCUUGGAAAAGCAGAUCAAAAAAGCGACACGGGCAAAGAAUUACUCGGAGUUGUCUAAACAGGCUACAUCAUAAGAAAACAAGAAAUUCGGUAUCCUACAGAAUUUUGAUAUAUGAUAAAAAGGACAAGUUGAAUGUUGGUCUCGUCUCACUUCCUGGGUUUUUUAAAACAAAACAGCAGAGUUCCAUCUCAUUCGAACAAAACAACAAUAAUCACUACUCGAGCUACUUGGGUCUAGUAGAUAUUGAUCUGGUUAACUUUGUUGCCAUUUAUAUCAUACUUUCUGGCACCAGAUUUCCAGAACUAGUUCGAGAAAUGACAGUGUAUAAAGCUAGUUACACUGUAACUGAACUUUUAACAAUCCUGUCCACAAGAGAACUGCCAACUAAUUCUGGAUCAGAUAAAAGAACCACUAUAUCAAGUUUGAGUUGCAUUACCGUUAAUCUUACCUCUUCUAUUUGUGCGAAGAAGUUUCAAGCCUCAUACAAGCCUUUCACCCUUAAUUCCAACCACCAGUUUUGGCUUCGAAGUGACCUUGUUCCUUUUAACAUGGACCGCUUGAUUUUCGAUGAUAACAAUGAAGACCAGGACAAGCUAUUCCAGCCUAAGAUGCCAUUAUACAAUGAUGAUUUUAGUCAGCAUGAUCACUCAGUUAUUAAUCCGCGUCUUUGCCACUUAUUGCGCGAUAUUGCGGAAGUUGGUUUCUACGUUAUCUUCAAUAUACUUCGCCUCUUUUCCCCAAAAUAA